UAUUACAAAUAUCAGUGCUAUACAAUAUAUACAAAACAGUGGGAAACACAAUUAUUGCACUACAGACAGACAAUAGACAUUACACCAGAAUGUUGCCAUCCCUAUCCACGAUGGCAUUUACACCCCGCGGAGCCGAACGGUCUCGAAACUCCUCCAAGGCCACUGUGGACUGCGCGUGUUCCUUUUCAAUAGUUACCCGGGCACAAACAUACCCCCUAAACAUUGCCAGGCAGUCUGCCCGGGGAGAUCCUCCCGCCACCCGUUUCCAAGACCCACGGAUGGUGGAUUUCGCCAGCCCCAGGAGCAAGUUGACUGGGACAUCCUCAUCCCUCCAUGCCCCCUUCCUUACUGGAUGACCAUAUAUAAACAGGGUGGGACUAAAAUGCAGCCAGAAGGCGAGAAGCAGCCCACGCAAAUAUGCAAAAAGAGGCUGCAGCCUGACACACUUCUUGGGGGUUUCUUCCUGCAGCCUGUCAUUGAAACAACCACAUCUUCCAGACGAUUGCCCCAUCCUCAGCUGAUGUAAUUCCCUCGAGUUUUGGUUUGACGUAGCCCUACCCUCCAGGGAGAGGGGAAGAACUGAGGAGGCCCGGUGCUGUCCGUCAGCCUGUGCACAGCGCAGCCGUCAUCGGGCGGCGGGCGAGGCUCAGACGGCACGGGGGCUGCUGGUUGGACUACCGGCCUGACGUCACUAUAGCACCAAUGAACAAUGCUACCAAGGGCGACAUCCUUCAGAUGGUCCUUUUCUGUCUCUGAGAGGAUCCCAGAAGGCUGGGAGCAAACCAUGUAGUAGGGAGGUCAAGAAGCCUGGAGAUGGGCUGCGAGCAAAUGAUGGAUUCCAUUUCUCGACGAUUAAAAUGCCGAGGAAGAUUAAUAUGAUCAAGGCAGGUAAAUUUGACUGAUCUGCAUUGAGCAUUAUAGCUGAGUACAGGCUUAACUAUUCCGAAGAACUCUUAACCAGUUUUCCAACUGAGGGGUGGGAAUCAUGUAUUUCAGACGACGUAGAGAUAACCUGGGACUCUUGCUGCUACUAGUCCAACUAUUCCAAGUGGGAUUUGAGAAUAUCCCACCUGUCACACUGAUAACAAUAGCACUGAAUGUCUUUCUGUUCUUAUCACCAAUGAAGCCAUUACUGGAUGUUUGCAUCAGUGUACGUGAAACAUGGAAUGGACAAGAUUGGAAACGUCUUAUCUAUUCACCAUUUCACCAUGCUGACGACUGGCACCUAUAUUUCAACAUGGUGUCAAUGCUAUAUAAAGGAAUCCGACUGGAACAAAGGCUUGGCAGAAUCUGGUUUGCCUAUUUAUUGUCAGUGUUCUCGGUGAUGAUUGGAAUUGUCUACUUGAUUUUGGAAGUGGCUCUAGCAGAACUAAUGGAUGAGCCGAACUAUAGAAUACAGUGUGCAGUUGGCUUCUCAGGUGUUUUAUUUGCUCUGAAAGUUUUAAAUGGCUAUUACAACCCAGGGGGAGUGACCUAUAUGAUGGGCAUCCCAGUGUGGCAGCAGUAUGCAUGUUGGGUUGAGUUGGUUGCAAUUCAUCUACUUGCCCCAGGGUCAUCUUUUGUUGGCCAUCUUUCUGGUAUUAUUGUUGGAUUACUGUACGUCAAAGGACCCUUGAAGAGUAUAAUGCAAGCAUGUGCUGAUAUUGUUUCGUCAAGCAACUACCCAAGACAACAAACCAGAUUCACUAACCAAGGUUACUCUGGGUAUAGUUCUUCCAGCUACGAUACCUCAUAUGAUAGGACAGGCUUCACAGGAGGAAUGACUGAAGCGGAACAAUUGGACGCAGCGAUUUGGGCAAGUCUGAAUAACCAUGGCGCCUAUGGUGAUGGCAGAAGACCAUAUGGCUUUAGGGAUCCAGAACAGCUGAAUGAAGAGGAAAUAAGGCAACGAAGAAUAAACAGAUUUGCCAGAUGAUUAUCAGCACAUACCAUGCUGUCAUCUUCUAUUAUGCCUUUACUACAUGCAUAUUGUUACUGUCUAAACUGUUCUUGCAAUUUUCAUAUAAAGUGUCUGUUUUGCAAUCAAGAAUAUAAGUAUAUUUUAUUACAUCUUGUUUUUUUACAGCACAUAAUCCAACUUCAUAAUUUUACCCAAUGAUGAAGACUUUUGAAUGUGAAUCAGACAAGUCAAGUUUAUAUCAGUGCCCUAACUAACCUAUCUCUUAAUGAAGCAGAGCUUGUGCCAUGCAGGUUUUCUCAUGAGAGUGGUGAAGAACAGUUUGUACCAUAAAAGAAAUUUAACACUUAAAGUUAAUUGCUAGGCUCACUUGCAAUGUGGAAUUGAUUUGUGUCGUCACACGUACUGAGUGACAAGCUUUUGUUUACAUUCCAUCCAGUCAGAUAAGUAUAUUGAAGUAGUGAACAAAAGAAAAAACUGCAGCAUGUAGUUUAACAUACAACACAGGAACAAAAUAAUUUGAUUAGUAACCAAAUGUCCAACUAAACUGAUCCCUUCUGCCUACGUAGUGUCCAUAUCCAAACAUGAGGAAAUCUGCAGGUGCCGUAAAUCUGGGAAACACACACAAAAUGCUGGAGGAACUCAGCAGGCCAUGCAGCAUCUUUGGGGAAGAGUAAAUAGUCGACGUUUUGGGCUGAGAUCCUUCAUCAGGACUCGAAAGGAAGAUGAGAAGUCAGAGUAAGAAGGUGGAGGAGGGGAGGAAGUAGUACAAGGUAGGAGGUGAAAACGUGGGAGGGGUGAAGUAAAGAGCUGGGAAGCUGACUGGUGAUUAGUGUCCAUAUCCUUCCAUUCCCUACACAUACAUGUACCUAUCUAAGAGCCUCUUAAGGGCCUUUAUCACGUUUACCCCCACUUCCACCCCAGGCAGCACCUUCCAGGCACCCAUAACUUACUGUUUUUUUUAAAAAAAAGACUUGACCACUCACUCUUCAAACUUGCCCCUUCUCACUUUAAGUGCAUUCCCUCUGGUAUUAGACAUUUCAACCCCGGGGGAAAAAGAUACCUGUCUCGCUAUGCCAUUCAUAAUCUUUAAACCUCCAUCAGAUCUGCCCUCAACCUCUGCCAUGUUUAUCCAACUUCUCUCUGUAGUACAUGCCUUCUAAUUCCGGCAGUAUUUUGGUAAACCUCUUUUGUACCUUCUCCAAAGCUUCCAUGUUCACCCUGUAAGAGGUAACCAGAACGGAACACAAUACUCCAGAUGUGACCUAACAGGUUGAACUUUAUUAACUUUCUGCCUUUUGAACUCCAUACCUUCACUAAUAAAGGCAAACAGGCCAUAUUCCUCCUUUAACACCCUGCCAACCUGUGUAGUCACUUUCAGAGAUUUGGUUCCCAAGAACCCUCUGAGCAUCAUCACUAUUAAGCAUAUUGCCAUUAACAGUAUAGUGAUCCUUUACAUGGUCUCUCGAAGUGCAACUUUUCACAUUUGGGUUAAACUCUGUCUGCCAUUUCUCCAUGCAUAUCUGCAACUGAUCUGUACCUUGCUUUAUCUUCAACACUAUUCUCAACCACCAAUCUUCAUACCAUCUGCAAACUUACUAAUCCACCCAUUUACUUUUUCAUCUAGGUCAUAUACAUACAUCACAAACAGCAGAGGCCCCAAAAUGGAUCCCUGUGAAACACCACUAGGCACAGAUCUCCAGCCAGGACAAGUCCCAGCAACCUCUGUCCUUUAUGGCAGGUCAAAUCUGAAUCCAAAUGACCCAUUCACCAUGCAUCUUAAUCUUCUGGAUGACCUCACAUAAGGGACCUUGUCAAAUGAUCCACUAACCUCCAUGUAGACAGCAUCCACACCUUUACCUUCAUCGAUCACCCUUGCCACUUUAUUUUAAAAAAAUUCAAUAACAUGCAUUGCCCUGAUGGCUGUCAAUUAGGCCAUUGUUUUACAAACGUUCAUAAAUCCCACCCCUAAGAAUCCUUUCCAUAGCUUCCGUACCACGGACAUGAGACUGGCCAGGCUAUAGUUUCCAGGAUUAUCUCCAUUUUCCUCCUUGAAUAAUGGAGUAACAUUAGCUACUCACCAGGCUGCUGGAACCUUGCCUGUGUCUUGAGAGGAAUGAAAAUAUUGGUCAAGGCCCCAUCUCUUACCUGUUUCAAUAACCUGGGUUAUGUUCUAUCAUACCCUGUUUGUUGGGAAACCCCACACUACCUCUUUUACCUUGAAAUACCUGAGCAAAUGAGUACUAACCACAUUAACUCUUACUGGAAUCUACCUGACCUGAACUCUGUGCAGUUGCUCUUUAAACACACACCACAUGUCAGAUAUGAACUUGCCCCAAACCAGUGGUUCCCAAUGAACUCUUCUUAGUUCCUUCUGAAUAUUCUCAUAAUAUGCCCUGCUUUAAUGCUAUUCUUACUUACCCUUAUCUAUACAGUACUGUGCAAAAGUCCUGGGUGCAUAUAUAUAAUAUAACUAGGGUGCCUAAGACUUUUAACAAUACUGUGUUUAUCAAUGUGAAGUGAAGAGCGAGCUUGUAAAUCUGGUGGGAUUAAAGGAUGUUGGAAAUGGCGAAGGUGGAGUGCCACGGAAGAGAUGUGGGACAGGUGACAGAGAAAGAUUGCCAGGACAGGGGUUGGCAUGAGGGCAGCAAGGCAAAUGUCUUCCAGGUGCUUCCCAUUCCCUCACCCUCUCCCUUCCGAUUUUCCCAAGCAUAAUUCCUCUCUCCCUGCUCCUUUUCCACUCUCAGUCCACAGUAGAGAAGUAUAUCAGAAUCAGGUUUAUCAUCAUUUGCAUAUGUCAUGAAAUUUGUUAUUUUUAUGGCAGCAGUACAGUCCAAUACAUAAAAUUACUGUGCAAAAGUCUGAGACACCCUAGCUAUAUAUAUGCCCAAGACUUUUACACAGUGCUGUAGCAUUCUUAAAACAUAAGGAGUUGUGAUCACUGUUCCUAACUGAUCUCCCCCUGAAAGAUCAGUCACCUGGCCAGCUCAUUAUCCAACACCAGGUCCAGUAGAGCCCCUUCUGUUGUAGAUUGCCUAGAUAUCAAUUUAAGAAACUUCCUGUGUGCACCUAAUACAUUUUGUCUAGAUUAAACUCCUUGUACUAAGGAGGUCCCAGUCUAUAUUAGGGAAGUUGAAGUCACCCACUACAAAAAUCCUGGUGUUUUCACACCUUUCCCUAAUCAGUCUGCAUAUCUCUUCCUCAAUCAGUUGGUGGCUGCAGAGGAUGUGGGUGAUCUGCAGUGUAAUCCGGACAGUGAUUGCACCUUUCUUAUUUAUUAAUUCUAUCUGUAUAGACUCAGUGAAUGAGCUCUCAAUUAUAUUCCCUCCAUGAUAUUGUCCCCAAUUAAUAGUACAACUCCAGCCCCACCCUCCACCACCUCCUCUGUCUUUCUUAAAGCCCUGAAAACUUAAGAACGUUAAGCAUUGAUUCCUGUCUCUCCCAAGGACAUGUGCUAAAAUUACAGAGAAGGUGGGGGGCAGGAAGCCAAACAUAGUGGAAGGACCACAAUGAGUUGAUUGGGAGGCUAAAUGUUCACCUAUUAAUAUAAGAGAAAUCCGUUUAUAGAUCCAAUGACUGCCCGUUUUGUGAAGCUGUCCUUGAACCUGCUGGUACAUCCUUUAGCAUCGUCUGCUUGAUGGAAGAGGGGAGAAAGGAGGGUGACUGAAGUGGGAGGAGUCUUUGAUUACAUUGGCUUCUUUCUCAAGGCAGCAGUAAGUGUAGCUAGAGUCAACUGAAGCUGGUUUGUGUGAUCGACUGGGCUGCAGUCAGAACUAUCUGCAGUUUUUUGCUGUCUUGGGAAAAGUAGUUGGCAUAGCAAGCUGUAAUACAGCCAAACAGAAUGCUUUCUAUGGCACAUGUAGAAAUUGGUAGAGGUCAUCCAGGGCAUGCCUAAUUUCCUUAGCCUUCUGAUGAAGUAAAAGCAUUCCUUUCUUGGCCGCAGCAUCACAAAUCUGGAUCAGAACUAAUUGUUAGUGACAUUUAACACCUGGGAAUUUGAAGCUCUUGAUGAUCUUCAUCUCAAUAUCAUUGUUACAGAUGGGCAUGUAUUCCACCCUGCUUCCAUAAGUCAAUGAGCAGUUCUUUUGUUCUGCUGACAUCACGAGCCCCAUCCUGUGCUCUAUCAAGUCAUUGUUUGAGAGCUAGGCCAUUAUGUUGGUAUCAUCUGCAAACUUCGUAAAUGGAGUUUGACCAGAAUUUCGCCAAACAGGUGUUAAGUGCAUAGGGAGUACAGUAUGGGGCUGAGGCCUUGCUCAGCUUUGGUGGUGAGUUAUAUUUCAACAACUAGAUGUUGUAACGAAAUAAAAUUCUGCAUAGAAGGGAAGAAUUGCAGGAUGUUUCAAGGCUGGUGAGUGGUUUGGGUGAGGUCAACUGCUAUGGUCUUCAUUAUCCAUUAAUCUGAUAUUACUGAUGUUAAUUAUACUUGAAGAUGUUUUGGGUUCCAAUAGCACUGGGAACAGAUAAUCCACAUUCAAAGGGAACAAAGGGAUUCAAAGGGUACUGACUUUCAGACACUGCCAACAUGGUUUUGUGGUAUUUGCAGUUAUUACCUCCCAAGUUGGCAUAGUUAGCAUAUUUAACUCAGCUUUAAGAUCUUCAUGUCCUGUUAAUAUGUGCCAAAAUAUAAACCUGAUUGUGGAGGGAUUGAUUAAACGUGCACUAGUUCUGAAUGAUUACUUGGGGACCAGUGCCAUGAGCACACUCCACACAUGGGGACCUUGUUAUAGUCCUGGGUUACUUUUUGCAUGCAAUUAAAGAGGAAUGUACUAAAUAAAAAUCUAAUUAAAGAAACAAUUAUAUUUAUUUGAUUAAAUAUUUUUAUUUUUUGAUUUAGAUGUUUUCCCAUUGCAUACAGUCUGAUUGAUGUAGGCCUUUGUAAAAACUUUGCAACCUUUAAUAUAAAUCUUAGUGGCUAAAUGAAAAGGCACAGGAAAUAGAUCAACACCAACUACUAAAAGGCAAAUCUGAAGAAGCAUUAUGCUUAAAUAUUGAAAUAUAAUUUAUAAUUUAUUGUGAAAAUGCCAUCUGCUGUAGUGUUUAAUGCAGGACAUUAACCUUGGUAUUUAAAUCAUUUUGUUGCAUUGAUUAUAUGAUUUACAAAAGAAAAUACUCUGGAAGAAUGUACAGAUUAGUGUGCACAAACAUGGUCACAAUGUAUGGGUGUUGUGUGAGGAGUACUGCACUGCAGUCUGGUAAACUAAUAGGUGUAAUGUACCUAUCCAAGCAAUUUAGUCCACGAGUUAAAUUUGUUCGUAAUUGGAAAUGCAAAAUCGAGCCAAGCUGUUUGCACAAAUAGAAUCACCAUGAUCUAUUACUUGUUAGCACAAACAGAUUUGAUAAUUCAUAUCAGAUUUGUACUGUUUUAUUUGCCAUAUUGUGUAUGAAAAUAACAGUAAAAAUGUUUCACAAGUGCCAAAUAUCUCUUGUAUGAUAGUUAAAUGUUCACUUUUUUAUAAUAUUCAAAGGAACAAAAACACUUUUUAUAGCCAUUUUUAUUGCUAGUCCUCAUUUGAUUCCAAAUUUUAGUGAAAAAUUAUAAAUUGUAAGGUCUGUUUGAAGUUGGUAGAAAGCAAUUGAUUUUAUUUUUCAAAGCAACCUUUGAGAUGAGUCAAAAAAUUUUAAAUUAUCUUUUUAAUGUUAAAUGAUGUGUGCCUAAUGAACUAUUUUUUUUCAUUGUUACACUUGAAUUCAAUAAACAUGAUCUGUACUCAAUGAGAUAACUUGCCAAUUCAGAUCAGGGGAAAGCAGCUCCGAAUGAAUCUGAUCCAAGCUUGAAUGGAGCACAACACUCAGAGGGUUUCCUUCCCUAACCACAUCUAAGCGGCAAAAUUACAGAGGCAUUGCCAAGUUUUCUGGUUUGGGAAUGUCUUUCUGUUCAAGGAUUUUAAAGUGAGUUUAUAAUGCAACCAGUAUUUUUUAUAAACUCCUGCUAUUUGCAUUGGAAGGAAGAGAGAGAAAAUAAUGUUGUUCUUCCUAGAGCUACAUUGUCUGCAAAAUCUUGUAAAUAAAACUGCUUUAGUAAAAGUUAUUCUUUUAAAUGUAUUCUACUGUAAUAGACAUUGCACAACAUUAGGUUAAGUGUCAAGGACUUGGAAGUCAUAGCUUUCAAAACCAAUGAGCAAAUGCAAUUGUAAUUGCUUGAUCCAUCGUGAUGAUCUGUUGCUGAGCACAAUAAAUCAAAUUUUGUAGACUUUGCCCUCCCACCCAUAACUGUGUUUAC